AUGACUCAGGUCCUGUCUGGUCAUGGAUGUUUUGCCUCCUUCCUUCACAGGAUCGGGAAAGGUAACGACCCAACCUGUUGGCAUUGUGAUUUGGCGGAGGAUACUGCUGAUCACACCCUCGGUAGUUGUUCAGCCUGGUCGGAUGAGCGUGCGGAGUUGGUCGAGGUGCUUGGCACUCCUGAUCUGACCCUAGAGUCCGUUCUUCAUUUAAUUUUGGAGAGGAAAGAGAACUGGUCUGCAUUCUCCAAAUUCUGCUCCAGAAUAAUGUUGCGUAAGGAGAAUGCAGAAAGAGCUCGGGAGCGUGGCGACGCCGAUUUGUCGGACAUUGCGGAUUAA